AUGUUCACUUCAGAGAAAGGGGUUGUGGAGGAAUGGUUGUCAGAGUUUAAGACACUACCAGAAGCAUCUUUACCAAAUUAUGCCACAAAUUUGAAAGAUAAGAGUUCUUUAGUUUCAUCUCUUUAUAAAGUUAUCCAGGAGCCACAAAGUGAGUUGCUAGAACCUGUCUGUCACCAGCUCUUUGAAUUCUAUCGCAGUGGAGAGGAGAAGUUACUUCGAUUUACACUGCAGUUUCUUCCAGAACUGAUUUGGUGCUACCUAGCCGUCUCGGCAAGCAGAAAUGUGCACAGCAGUGGAUGCAUUGAAGCUCUUCUUCUAGGGGUUUAUAAUUUGGAAAUAGUUGACAAACAAGGACAUAGCAAAGUAUUGAGUUUUACGAUUCCAUCUUUAUCCAAACCAUCUGUAUAUCAUGAACCUUCCAGCAUUGGUUCCAUGGCUCUGACUGAGAGUGCACUAUCCCAGCAUGGUUUGUCAAAAGUUGUGUACAGUGGACCUCACCCCCAAAGAGAGAUGCUAACAGCACAGAAUAGGUUUGAAGUAUUGACAUUCCUUUUGUUGUGUUACAAUGCUGCCUUAACCUAUAUGCCCAGUGUUUCUCUUCAAUCAUUGUGUCAGAUUUGUUCAAGAAUCUGUGUUUGUGGAUAUCCCAAACAACAUGUAAGAAAAUACAAAGGUGUAAGUAGCAGGAUACCAGUUUCUUCAGAAUUCAUGGUGCAGAUGUUAACAGGGAUUUAUUUUGCUUUUUAUAAUGGAGAAUGGGAUCUAGCUGAAAAAGCAUUGGAUGAUAUUAUUUACAGAGCCCAGUUAGAAUUAUAUCCAGAGCCAUUGCUGGUUGCUAAUGCAAUAAAAGCUUCAUUGCCUCAUGGUGCCAUGAAAUCUAGUAAGGAGGGUACAAGGUGUAUUCAAGUUGAAAUCACACCAACUGCCUCUAGAAUAUCAAGAAAUGCAGUAACCAGCAUGUCAAUAAGAGGUCAUCGGUGGAAAAGACAUGGAAAUACAGAAUUAACAGACCAAGAAGAACUGAUGGACAUAUCUGAAGUUGAUGAGGGAUUUUAUUCCAGGGCUGCAUCUAGUACCAGCCAGUCAGGCUUAUCAAACAGUAGUCACAAUUCUAGUAACAAGACAAGUGUAGGAAAGACUCAGAGACGGUCGGGAGGAAACAAAACUGGAGGAAAAGAAAAAGAAACCACAGGGGAGUCGUGCAAAGAUCACUUUGCUCGAAAACAAACUCAGAGAGCCCAAAGUGAGAAUCUUGAGCUUCUCUCUUUGAAGAGACUUACAUUAACAACCAGCCAGUCCCUGCCUAAACCUAACAGCCAUGGUUUGGCUAAGACUGCUGCGACUGUAUUUAGUAAAUCCUUUGAGCAAGUCAGUGGUGUCACAGUCCCACAUAACCCAUCAGCUGUUGUUGGCUGUGGCACUGGGACAGAUGCCAACAGGUUUUCUGCUUGUAGUCUCCAAGAAGAAAAGCUUAUUUACGUUUCUGAAAGGACUGAACUUCCAAUGAAGCACCAAUCAGGUCAGCAGAGACCUCCUAGUAUUAGCAUUACGUUGUCCACAGAUUAA